UCCCUUGAUCUUAAGUUAUUUAGCAUUUGUAAUUUGUUUAGUGCGCAUCGAGUUGCUGUUCUUUUAUAUUUGAAUAUUUCGAAUGGAAAACCGAAUUUUUGUGUAAAAUAAAUAAGAAAUCUAAAAACAGAAAUCGUCUGCAAAAAUGCAUUCGUAUCGUUUGGAAAUGUGCGGAUGGAUAUUGAUAACGAUAUUGAUCGCUUACAGUUCGGUGCUUGCAUCAGAUUCCUGGGAAAAUGUUCACAUUAUCUGUCCGAAUAAUUGUGUGUGCCAGCAGUCACACUUUAUGGACUUGUCAAUAGCACGUUGGAUACAAACCAGACAGAGCGGAUACGGUACUAUAACAAGACCAGAGACCAAUGAGAACGGAAAUGAGGCGUAUUAUGAGGACGAUACGGGCAACACCUUUAAUCCAUUCAUAAAAUUUGCCAUGUGUAUGAUGGUAGAUAACGGAAAUACACAAAAUUUACUGAUAUCUUUACCACAGGAUGUCGAAGCGUUGGUACUAUUGUAUAGUGGAGAUAACAAAAAUGUUUCCAUUUCGACCAACGAUAUUCUACCAUUCAGCUAUUUAACAACGUUAGAAAUUCGCGGAACGUCUACGAGCCGCGUUCGGUUCAUUUUAGACGAGCCACUGAAUUUUCUAAAAUUCGUUAACUUUGAAAAUAUCGAACUCAUGGGCACCGAAAAUGCCAAACGACGCUCGAAUCCCAAUCAUCCAUCCGAAUUGUUUGACUACGUACCCGAAAGCGAACGCGAAGAGUACAAUGUUUCGUUGGAAAUCAAAGAGGAAGUGGAAAUUGUGCCGUACGAAGUUUAUUUGAUCGAAAAGCAAAAGUCGCAAAUGCCAACGUUUAAUGGAUGGUCCGAUCUGAAUGUUCUACGGAUCCAUAAUUGCGAACUGAACGAACUGCAUUGGGAAAUGUUUGACGGUCUCACAAAUUUGGAACAUUUGUCACUGGAGCACAACGACAUCAAGAUCGUUCCACCAUUCGCCUUGUACGGUGCACAGCAAAUUAGAACUUUGUCGUUAGCGCGGAAUUCAAUUUUAGAUUUCAAUUAUCGUUCGUUGGCUGGAUUAUUGAAAUUGGAAUGGUUGGACGUGAGCCGCAACAACUUGACGAAAUUAUCAGAGUUGUCUUUUCCACCGUUUCCCAAUCUUGAAGUGGUGGACUUUCGCUACAAUCCCAUCACGCACAUCUAUCCGAUGUCUUUCGGUGUUAUGAACAACACAAUGCACAUGUUUAUCGGCUCGGAUACUGGCAGUUUGGAUUUAUCUUUUGGAAGUUCAUUCACGUCACUCGACCGGUUGGACACGCUCACACUAUUCAAUGCCACCAUUCCAGUGCUGAAUCAAAAAGUGUUUGCUGGACUCAAGAGCAUAACGAAGCUGACAAUGCAGGGCGAUAUCAGACGCAUUGAGUUCGAUGCAUUCGCAGAAAUGCCGAAAUUGAAAGAAUUGUUUUUGAGCAAAUGUAAAAUCCGGGAAAUUUCCAUGGACAUUUUCUAUGGCAUCAGGAAUUUGGAAAUUGUUGACCUUUCGUCGAAUGAACUGUUCUACUUGCCGCACGGACUAUUCGAUGAGCAGAAGAGAAUCAGAGAAAUAUAUUUGCAAGAUAAUCUGUUGACCGAAUUGCCGGGACGGUUCUUCGAUCUGCCGUCGGUUGAAUUAAUCAGACUUACAGAAAAUCCAUGGACAUGUUCGUGUCAACUGUUGGAAUGGAAGCAGGGAAUAACCAAUAAGAAGCGAGCCGGCAAAAUACCGAAAAAAUGCAUCAACGAUCUACAGCGUGGUGAAGUGCGAUGCACCGGCAGCGGAAACGAAGAUGCCUAUGUCUUUGACAACAAAUUGUCGCCCCGAUGCGGUCUGCCCGAAGACAUGAAAGACCGUAGCGUUUACUAUGCACUGCGUAAAAACACAAAAUGCACCACGAAACCGGUGAUCGAUGUGAAAAGUGAAGUGAUCCGAAUGAAAUUGAAAGCAAUGGAAGAGUUCGUUCACAAAUCGACGAAUCUGCGCGGAAAGGUGGUCAGUCCGUUGAACAAGCAACGUCACAAUCAGUUCAAAGCGAAAUAUCGUAAAGUAUUGAAAAAUGACAUCAAAUAUUUACUGAGUCAAAACGAGAAAAAGGAAGUCAACGAGGUAAGAAAUGAAAUAUAACAAGCAGAAUUAAAGGGAAAAUUACUUAAAAAAAAGAAAGAAAAAUUUUGUACAAAAAUACAAUCCGAAAUAAACGAAGUGAAAGUGUCUUUGCCAU